CUUCCCGAUCCAAAUCUUCCGAUGAACAGCUGACUCCACAGUCGUGCGUUACAUGCCGCGAUCCGCGUCCUCGCCUGGAGUCUAUGCAUGCGCUGAAGAUGGAUCAUCCCAUGGCUGCUGCCGCUGCUGGUGCUGCUCCUGCGCCUGCCACCCCUGGCGAACCCAUCUAUCAAUGCGGCACCUGCAAACGUCAAUACAAGCGGGCUGACCAUCUUACCCGCCACGUACGUUCUCACACCCAGUCCAAGCCGUACCGCUGUCGCCUCUGCACGAAAGCGUUUACAAGGGCAGACCUCCUCAAGAGGCAUGUUGUCAGCCACGACUCUCCCACGGGGAGGAUCAAGCGCCCCCUGUCGCCAAACGGCCAGGCUAGUCCGGGCCGGGUGACACAAGCGUGCCGAGUCUGCGCCUCAAACCACCUGCGAUGCACUGAGCGGAAGCCGUGCCGCCGGUGCACCGAGAGGGGCAUCGAAUGCGUUUGGGACCGUCCCGCCAUGGGUGCCAUUACACCCCCUCCGACGGUCGCCGAGACGGCCGAAGAAGGCGGGGAGGCGUCCUCCCCAAACAAUUACCUCCUCGAAACAUACGGCCUCCCGCCUGAUUCGCCCGGUGCCGGUGUGAUUGGGGUAAUACCGAUCAUGGAUGCCUCCUCCCAGCCGUCCCAAUUGCAGCCAUUCUUAGGGCUUCCCGACUUCAAUCUUGCAUCCGGGCAAUGGACUCCAAUGUGGCCGUUGGACUUUGACUUUGACACGAGCUCGAGCAUCGAACUCGACGACAUGGACUUGCGCUUCCUCGAUGCCUACAACACCAACGUGCCUUUCGAGCUCGGCGGCGGAUCCCCCGGCAACAACGCCAUCAUCAACAACGGCGCCACUGGAGAAGGGCUGCGGCAACAAGCCCCAGACGAUGGAUCCGCCGACCCGUGCCGCCCCGCCGAAAUAUGCACCGAGACCUUCCGGAAGCACUGGAAAUUCCGGCCCAACGCGCAGGACCACGGCGCCGCCGAGGAGCAUAACCUAUCUCUCCCCCUUUUCUCGACGACCCUGGGCGACCACGAGUCUCCAGAGUCACGCGUCUCCCUCGACAGGCGCGUCACCAGCGCGCGUCUGAGCGUCGCCGCCCGCGACAAGAUCCUGACCACCAUCGUGCAGAGCUGCCGGUCCGAGAACCUGUCCCGCGCCGUCGCCUCGUUCCCGUCCGUCGAGCUGCUCGACACCCUGCUGCAGUACUACCUGACCUCUCCGCUCGCCCGCGCCGACUCGUUCCUGCACGCCGCCGCCUUCGACCCAAACGAGAAGAGGCCCGAGAUCCUCGCCGCCAUGGUCGCCUGUGGCGCUGUCUUGACCUCCGACCCGACCCUGUCCAAGCUUGGGUUUGCUAUCCAGGAGUGUGUGCGGGUUGCCGUGCCGAAACAUUGGGAGGAGCACAACGCUCUGACGAGAGACCUAGAGCUGUCCCAGGCCUUUCUCAUCACUCUAGAAAUCGGCCUCUGGAGCGGCCGCAGUCGGAAGGUUGAGAUCGCCGAGAGUUUCCUCCAGCCCGCGAUGACCAUGCUCCGGCGCGACGGCAGGCUGAGGCAGUCGGGGUACCACAGGAUAACCGUCCGCGACGACGACGAGGGCGAGACCCUCAGGGAUAAGUGGAGGUCGUGGGUGGAGCAAGAGUCCUUCAAGAGACUGUGUUUCAGACUGCUCCAGCAUGACACCAACUCCUCGAUGGCUCUGUUGAUCAACCCCCUGAUAUCCUACGCCGAGGUGCAGCUCCCGUUUCCGGACUCGGCUGAUUUGUGGUCCGCUGCGACGCCUGAGGAGUGGAAAGCUUUGUUCCUCUCCCAACAACAAAACCACCCCAGCCUAGACCGGGGGCAACUGACAUUGGCCGAAUACGUGGAUGACCCGGCAAGACUCGACACUCACCGGAACACCGUUGACAACACCGUCGCCAACUUCGCCUUCCUGUCUUGCGCGUGGAGCCUCUCCUGGGAAUACAUCCAGCUGAACUCGCUGCAGCGCAGCGGGUCACGGCGGUGGAAUGCGCUACUGAUGGCGUCCCGACACGACGAGAUCAUCAAGCUGCUCAACAACUUCCGGAUCAGCACCGCCGAUCUCUCCCUGGACCCCCAGCUCUAUCCCCAGGCCCAGCCUUGUAGCAGGGAAGUCUCGAUGCGGCUGGAGCUCAUCCUCCUGCACCUCCACAUGCCCUUUGAGGACAUGCAGCUCUUCGCCGGCAUGGAAGGGCCAGAUCAGGCCCGUGUCGUCUACCCGACCAUGGUCGAGUGGGCCAGGGGCGAGGCCGCCAGGAAGGCCGUCUGGCACGCCGGCCAGAUCGUCCGGGCCGCGAGACUGCUUCGCCGCGGCGCGAUAUGGGGGCCCGCUGCCAUCGCGGUGUAUCACGCUAGCCUGGCGUUUUGGGUCUUUGGCCUGUUGUCCGAGGAGGGUCUCCCCGGCGCCGGCGGCGGGGGGGUCGACCGGGAUCUGGGUGGGUGGGCCGGGCAGGGGAGGGGGCCGUCGCAGCAGCCGGUGUACCUGGAUGAGGCGGAAGGGAUCGCGCUGCAGAGGUUCACACAACUUGGGAGCGGGAACCCGUGCAUUCACGGCGGUUCGGAUCAUGGUGACAGACGACAGCCCGGGGCGCCCGUCGACGACGACGCGUACCUGUCGCGGCCGGACAGGGUGAUGGCGGCUGUGAUGGGGAUCAUGCGGCAGAACCACGAGGGGAUGGCGAGGCCGCAUCUGGUUGACAAUUUGAUACAGCUGAUGAAGGGGCUGCAAAAGGCAUCUACGAAGACGGGGAUUGUCUCGUGAGAAGCCUGUAAUUACUAAUUAUGAAAACGGGAAAGCCCCCGAGUGCUCCCAGAACUCUCCGACGCAUGUCCCAGGCUGAGGCCCCAGGCCUCACAUUGCUUCCGAUGUUGCCAGGGUCAAGGCUACCGGUGUCGAGACUGACCAUAUCCCGACCCAGUCCCGGAAGGCUCAGGUGCGAAUCGACCGAUCUUAUGGGACCAGAGCGAGAGUUAUUCGAAUCAGGUAGUAUCGGAAUCAUGUAUUAGCAAAUGUGAAUCCUAGACAGAGAUUAACAAUAUCACAAUAUCACUGCAGGCGUAGGUUG